AUGACACUCUCAGAAUCAUCGACCCCUACAACCACGGAAAAACCGUUUGGUAUUAGCCAGAUCCGUGCCCAUGUUCCCGUGAUCCUCGAUCUCCACAAACACAAUUAUGAUACUUGGCGUGAGAUCUUCGAAACCCACUGUACCAGUUUCGGUGUGAUAGGUCUCCUUGACGGUUCGGAAAAAUCCACACCCAAAACCGAGAAACAAUGGAAGGAACGUGAUGGCUUGGUCAAGAUGUGGAUCUAUGGCAUUGUGUCUGAAGAAUUACUUGACACGAUCUUGAAGGAAAAAUCGCAAGCCCGUGACCUCUGGCUUCAACUCGAAUCGCUCUUCCAUGACAACAAAGAAGCUCAAAUCCUCCAGUUUGAAAACGAGAUUCGUACGCUUGAGAUUGGUGACAAAACUGUCCAACAAUACUGUCACAAACUCAAGACGUUAUCUGAACUUCUCUCCAAUCUCGACUCUCCAAUCUCUGAUCGUAUAAUGGUGAUGCACAUGUUGAAUGGCUUAUCCGACAAGUUUGAUAGCAUCAUCAACGUGAUCAAGCAUCAAACACCGUUUCCUUCCUUUACCAAGCUCGCUCAAUGUUAA